UGGAACACAAUUACUAGAAGCAGAGCAUCCACAAAAACUUCCCUCCUAGGAAACAGAGCAUUUCUUUUAUAGAAACAAAAGAAAAAUGGAUUCUUCUUCUUGUUCUUCUCAUUUUUUCUACCCUAUGAAUUCUGAUCUUUCUUCUGAUUCUUCUUGGGAAUGGUCCAAUUUAAACUCAACUAAUUCUCUUCCUUUUAACCUUAACGAUUCAGAAGAAAUGCUUCUUUUUGGUGUUCUUACUAACACAGCUCAAGAAACAACGUCGGAAACAGUUACCUCGUACCAUGUUAAGGAAGAGGAAGUUAGUUCAAGAUCUAAGGUUAUAAAAGAAAUUGAAGAAAAACCCGCCAAGGAGAAGUCGUUUCGCGGCGUUAGAAGGCGGCCGUGGGGGAAAUUCGCGGCGGAGAUAAGGGAUUCUACUAGGAAUGGUGUUAGGGUAUGGUUAGGGACAUUUGAUAGUCCAGAGGCAGCUGCUUUAGCUUAUGAUCAAGCCGCUUUUUCAAUGCGGGGUACAUCAGCAAUCUUGAAUUUUCCUGUGGAAACUGUCCAGGAGUCGCUACGUGACAUGAAAUGCCACGUAGACAAGGACUGUUCUCCUGUAGUGGCGCUAAAAAAGCGCCACUCAAUGAGAAAGAGGAGCUUGAAUUCCAAGAAAAUCAGUAAUAGUAAUAGUAAAGUUGUGAGGGAAGUAAAAAUGGAGAAUGUAAAUGUUGUAGUAUUUGAAGAUUUGGGUGCUGAUUAUUUGGAACAACUUUUGAGUAGUAGUUCAAGUGAUCAAAGUAGUUGUAAUGAAGCUUUUCUACCAUGGUAAAUCAAAGAUUUACCCUAGUUUGUAUUUAUACAUUUAUUUUUAUUAUUUUUGUUUAUUUUCUUUUAGGGGUAGGGAAAUAGGGGAAUUCCAUCUCUUUGUUCUUUAGUUGGAGGUCACUUUCUAGUGUCUCUAUUGUAUAAAUUUUGGUGAUGGGGGUAUUUAAUUUAAGGAUUUUGAUGUGAUAUUGGUA